AUGUUGGUCCCCAACGAACAGGCCGUGGAGAGUAUACCUCUGAAUUGCAUAGUUAAGCCUCUUGAAGAACCAGAGAAAAUGACCAAUAUUAUUCUUCAAGCUCUGGAAAUAACUGGACAGAGAGGCGUCAUCAUCCGAGGCUGGGUGGCAGAACCAAGUGAUUCUGUGUAUUUAGUGGACAAUUGCCCCCAUGAUUGGCUAUUCCAACGAUGCUCUGCUGUGGUGCAUCAUGGGGUUGCUGGGACAACUGCAGCUGGUCUGAAAGCUGCGUGUCCAACCACAAUUGUACCAUUCUUUGGGGACCAGCUAUUUUGGGGGGAGAGGGUGCAUGCCAGAGGAGUAGGUCCUGCACCCAUUCCAGCUGAUGAAUUCUCCCUUGAAAAGUUGGUCGAUGCCAUAAGCUUCAUGUUAGAUCCAAAGGCCAUGGAUGGCCAAGAUGAGGUGACAAGAGCAGUGAAUGCCUUUCAUAGGCACUUUCCUCACAAUAAAUCUUUGGAUAAACCCGAGUCAUUGCUGGCUAGAAGAGGCUUAUUUUCCAUCAGGAGGUGUUUUGGCUACUCCUCCUCCUACACAUGA